UGGUUUAGCCAGCGUUGUUUCCUGGUGCGAUUGCAUUUGAAUGCUUGUGAUAUUUCAGGGAUUACCCCGGAUGCAGUAUGUUAAACGUCGCUGUUUGCGUGCAACAGCGAGGGGACGGGCAUGAGCGAGGUGCGUCAGCCUGCUGCGCGAAGUUGGUAAAUACGGCUUUGACCUCGUGGUGGAGAGAGAGAGAGACAAACUGGAUUAAAGGCUGCAAGCAGCAGCAGUAGCCGUAGGAGGAAGAGGAGGAGGGUGAGCAGCACAUAACCUGUAACUCCCGCUGUUGUCAAACACGGGAAAAGAAAGAAACCCCUCGUGACCUGCACUUCGGAUAAAGUGACCUCGUCUCAUAGAGUUGGAGAAAACAGAAGCAGACGCGCAGUACCGCAGCUGCUGCCCAUCAUGGCCGGCGAUAUGGUGUUAGUGAUGCGAGGCUUGGCUAAGUUGAGUCAGGCCGUGGCAGAGACGCAGGUCAGCGCCCUGCGGAGCGGGACAGGAAUCCCAGGAGUCGGCGCUGCAGUAGAAAGCGUCCAGGCAGUGGCAGAACAAGGCCUCUCUGUGGCCAUGAUGAAAAUGCAGGAGCUGUCCGGUCAGCAGCAGCAGCAGAGCUCCUCCUCAGAGUCAGACUUCGACUUUCCUCUGGACGACGGCGCUUUCACAGCUUCAGAGUUCAGGGAAGAAGGCGCGGACUUCGCCGCGGAACAAGACGCUGGGGCAGCCGGAGCCGGUCACGUCGGCGGGAAGCAGCCGUUGUUCGAGGGAUACAAAGAUCCCAGCAAGCAGUUUGGUGGACAGACCCGAUCGUACCACCAAGACGCCAGGCAUUUCAUCGGACACCAUCACCUUUACAACCACAACCUCAACAGACAUCUGUGGAGCCAGCUUUACGGCCAGCAUCCCGUCAGGACGUACCAUCAGGAUCCGUCCACGGUGGGGGGGCUAACGGCCGAAGACAUCGAGAAAGCUCGCCAGGGAAAGAGGACGGAGACAAAACCACACAAACAGAUGCUGAGCGAGAGAGCCCGAGAGAGGAAAGUGCCCGUGACCCGGCUCAGCAGACUGGCCAACUUUGGAGGUUUAGCUGUCGGUCUGGGGAUUGGAGCUUUGGCAGAAGUCGCAAAGAAGUCUAUUGGAUACAACGGUGCAGCAGGAGAGAAUAAGAAAGCCGUUCUGGACUCCAGCCCCUUCCUGUCCGAGGCCAACGCGGAGCGCAUCGUCCGAACUCUGUGCAAAGUCAGAGGAGCCGCGCUAAAACUGGGACAGAUGCUCAGCAUCCAAGAUGACGCGUUCAUCAACCCUCAACUCGCCAAGAUCUUCGAGCGCGUGAGACAGAGCGCCGACUUCAUGCCCAUCAAGCAAAUGACGAAAGCCCUCAACAGCGACCUGGGACCAAACUGGAGGGACAAGCUGGAGUCGUUCGAGGAGCGUCCGUUCGCGGCGGCGUCUAUAGGACAGGUCCACCUGGCGAGGAUGAAGGACGGCAGGGAGGUGGCCAUGAAAAUACAGUACCCCGGUGUGGCUCAGAGUAUCAACAGCGACGUAAACAACUUGAUGACCGUGCUGAAUAUGAGCAAUGCCCUGCCUGAAGGUCUGUUUCCUGAACAUCUGAUUGAUGUGAUGAGAAAAGAGCUGGCGCUGGAGUGUGACUACAUCAGAGAAGCCCAGUGUGCAAAGAAGUUCAGGGAGCUGUUAAAGGAUCACCCCUUCUUUUACGUACCAGAGGUGAUCGAGGAGCUGAGCAGCAGCCAUGUCCUCACCACCGAGCUGGUGCCCGGAUUUCCUCUGGACCAGGCCGAGACUCUCACACAGGAGCUGAAGAACGAGAUCUGCCAAAACAUCUUGAUGCUGUGCCUCCGAGAGCUGUUUGAGUUCAGGUACAUGCAGACCGAUCCAAACUGGUCCAACUUUUUCUACGACCCACAAACACACAGGGUGGCGCUGUUGGACUUUGGAGCAACUCGUGGAUUUGACCAAAGUUUCACAGACCUUUACAUCGAGGUAAUCCGCUCAGCUGCCGAGGCCGACAGGGAGGGAGUUCUGAAGAAAUCCAUCGAGAUGAAGUUCCUGACCGGAUACGAAUCCAAGGCGAUGGUGAACGCCCACGUGGACGCGGUGAUGAUCCUCGGCGAGGCCUUCAACUCGACGGAGGCCUUCAACUUCGGCGCGCAGUCCACCACCGAGAGGAUCCACAACCUCAUCCCGGUGAUGCUCAAGCACCGGCUCACCCCGCCGCCGGAGGAGACCUACUCGCUCCACCGCAAGAUGGGCGGCUCCUUCCUCAUCUGCUCCCGGCUCAACGCCAAGCUGCAGUGCAAGGACAUGUUCCAGACGGCGUACAAGAAGUACUGGGAAGGCCGCACGCCGCCGUCUCAGUCGGCCUGAGCCAGGCGCAAGAACUGGUCCCGAGUCCAGUGGUCGAAGCGCCGGUCGGCGGCGGCGAAGCCUCGUGUGCGUGGAGACGUAGAAUUGGAGCCGUGUUACCCGCCCGGAACUGGUCAGCACGCGCCAGCGUGUGUCCUCCAGUCUGGGCCGCCAUAAAGAACGACAGACUCUCAUGCGUUUUAACUGCAAAGCUGCUUUUUAUUUUUUUUAAGAUAGAAAGAGCAAGCAGCAUGAAAACAACAACCCAGAGGGGAAAAACAGACAGGAUGUUAGAGUGAGCAUUAAAAAAAACAUGUUUAAGUCUAACUUGAUUGUAGUGAAAAAGAUUGAUUCUUUAUUUUGUUUUGCCGUGAAACGUCAGAAUAUUCAAAUCAGCUCUUCAGUUUCGCCAUCGACCAUUACACUUCAAGAACUCCCCUCUGGGAUUAAUAAAGCAUUUCUAUUCUAUUCUAUUAAGCUCUCUAAUUUAAAGUGAGAUACUGAAUGUACUGAGCCGAACUGUAAACCAAAAAGCACUACAUUACGGAUCGAGGACAGAUAAUAUGAGAAGUGUGAGCGUCGGUUUCGACCAGGACCAAGGCGUCUGUGUCACAAGUGUUUCUGGACUUUUGGGGACAUUUGAUAAACUAGUCAGGUUUAAUGUAAAGCUCGGUUUGCUGUGAAUGUAGCAUUUCAGAUAAGGGCAAAAAUAGUUAAAGUUAAGGUUUGGCCAGUCCUGCAGAAAGCGUGGCAUCCUGGUAUUUGUCAGCAUUUCCUCACACGAUUGUUUGACUUUAACUGUCUCUUCAGCUUCAUUUUUUUUUGUUUCGUCUCAGUCAAACUACUGCCCGAUGCUGUCGAUCGCCUUUCAGUUGCUGUUUAUAGCUUUUAGCCUCCUUCACAAAAUGUGUCUGGAGUCAAACUCCCGGCCUGUUUCAGACGACAUCCACUACUUCCAUGUUUGUUUUGGGGGAUCCUGUACAUUCGAAAUGUGUCGGCUCUAUCAGCGAAUUCCAGCUGAUCACUCAGAAAAGCAUCGUGCGUCGGCGUUUCCCCCGUCUUGACACAUCCGAUACGCACUUCUCUACGAAUCACAGCAUGAGUUUUCUCUGUUCUGCUGGUAGGAGUAUGCAAACAUGACGUAGAAAUGAAACGGUGUGGAUCCAGCAGUCAUGAAUGUUAAAGAACUGUGCGGGAUGGAGGGAAGAUCAUCCUGCAAAAAAAAGCACGGGAUCAGCGUUGUGGGCUCGACGAGACGCUGAUCUUCUCCACGCCUUCCCAGGUGUAAAAAAAAAAAAAAACCUCCGUCACCUGGCCGGCGUGUGACUGUGAAACUUCUCCGUGAUCCGCCGUGUGAAUACAGUUCUAAAGGUGUCUGGUGUGAAAAUGAGGGUGGGGGGAAAAAAAAGGAAAAAAAAAAAAAACAAGGUGCCUGUCGUUCUCAGCAGACUGCUUUUAGCUAGAGAUCUCGACUUUAUAUUUCAUAUCAAGAAAAGAUUAAAUUUUAUAAUCGAAAUGCAUUCUUGGCAAAAUGUUGUGAUAAAAAGUUGUAUGAAAUGAGUAAAUGUUUGAUC